UUAAAUAUUUCAAGAUGGCGCAUGCAGGUGAUAAACAUCUGUGAGAUUUUGAAGUCUCGCACAAACGGCACAAACAUUUCAAGCUAUAAUUUUUACAAAUCAUGUUGAUUCGGGAAAACCUUCUUGCUUCAGUGUAUCCGUUCAAUGGUUUUAUUUAGGACGCGUUGAAAACGUGUAGCAAUUAUGAAUUUGCAGGGUAUUUUUCAAGAUUUCAAUCCUAGCAAAUUCAUCGUACAUGGCUGCCUGCUCCUGUUUUCAAUAUUUCUAUCCCUUCGCCUGGACAACACAAUCACAUGGAGCUACUGGACUGUCUUCAGCCCGAUAUGGUUUUGGAAAUUCAUGGCCAUUAGCGGUGCCCUUGUGGGAAGCUAUGUUUGGUGGAGACACCCACAUUACAGAAUGGAGGGUGAAGCUUAUGUCCAUUACAAAGCGAUGCUGAUAAGUUUGGCUCUUCACCUGAUUCUGCUAAUGUUUGAGCUGCUAGCUUGUGACAAGCUCGAAUCAGGGAGACACCUUUGGAUUCUAGUUUUUAUUCCUCUGCUGUUUAUUUCAAUUGCGUCAAUCGCCGUUUGCGUGUGGGCGGUAAAGCACGACAGGGCUUUUGAGCUGGAAUUGUUCUGCGCUGUGAACAUUCUUCAAUUUGUAUUCAUAGCACUUAGAUUAGACAACCUGGUCCAGUGGAGGUGGGAAGUUGUUUUUGUUCCCCAGUGGGUGUUGUUGUGCAUUGCCCUUGUUGGUGUCUUGUAUGCCUUGAUUUUUGCUGCUAUCCUUCUCCGUGCACCAGAAGCAAGCCAUGCACAGCGAAAAGCAGCCUUCCACUCGGCAUUAGGGUACACCUGUUUGGUCAUUCCACUGCUUGUCUUCCAGGUGGUUUUAGCCAAUAAGUUAGACGGUGAAAUAGAUGCACCCUAUGUGACGGUGGCGUCACCUUUGUUUGUCUCAUUUUCUACCCUCAUGUUGAUGUCAUUUGGUGCUAAAGGGGCUAACAAAUGGUGGUUUGGAAUUAGAAAAGACUUCUGCCAAUUUUUGCUUGGUGUGUGCCCGGUGCUCCAAGAAUAUGGCAACAUCGCGUACAGUUCAAGAUCGUCGCCUAUUAAGGAGGGACCUUCAGACAGGUUAGGCCUCUCCAGAAGAUCUGAAUUAAAGCCCGUGAUGCCUGUGAUUUCAAUUGAAACUCCAGAUUGAUCUUAGAUUUUUGAGGUAAACCGGACACUCCGUAUCAAUAACUUAACUACAGAAAUUGAAAAUGAGAAAAGACUGCUGAAAAUUAUUUAUUUGCCUUUCCUGGAAGAGGCCACUGUUUCAUCAAAAAGUGCUUUAUAUUACUGUUAAGCUUGUAAUGAUUUAACGUUAUUUUAUAGUGAACUAUAACAGAUAAUUUGGUCACUCUAAAAGUAUCUACUGAGGUUUCAGUCAUUUAGACGCAAUUGACAAAUAAUAUUUCAAACUAUUGCUGUGUAAAUAAUUCCUUUGAGCAAAUAUUUGUCAAAUAUGUGCGUACAAGCAUUACUUGUGUUGCGACUCUACCAGUGGACAGUAUUUUUACAGAUAUUAAGGGUAGGAGAAAUUUAUAUUUUCUGAAUCAAUCGCCGGCACAACAUUUUAUUAUCGAUAUUCUGAUCAUUGUAAAAUAAAACAAUUAAAACGUUCAA